AAAUUGUCACAACGACAUGAAAACUCAGUGUAACAUUUUCUUUGUACGGAUAUGCAUUCAACCUAACGUUUUACCUUUAGAAAACGCAACACGAAAAUGAACUUUGGAUAUUAAACAUUUACCUGGCAAUGUGAGAUCAUACUUCAAAGGGAGAUAACUUAUGUUAACUAGUGUGUAAACAUUUUAAAUUGUCAUUCGCCUGCCAGCGACUACUUAAAUGGAGAUAUAUAUUCAUCAAGACUAAAGCUCAUAGACCGGAAGUAGCAGGUGCUUGUUAUCGCAAACUAUGGUACACUAUGAAUUACACAGACUUGCAAGACGUGAUGCAGUGAUUUCGUCCACCCUUGUGUACAGUUAAGAGUGCAUCUUCAAUGAUAAACUGACAAUCUUUUACACCGUGAAAAAUCAACGUGGAAAUGGCGAAGAAGAGUACAUCUUUACUGACGAAGUUAAAGACACAACCGAUAUACAGGGAGAAGUUCUUGCACACUGUCUGGAUAUGCUGGACUUUUAUUAUGCUGGGAUGGGUGGAGUCACUGUUUGGACCAACAUUUCCAGACCUUCGUCUAAUUACAGGCGAGAACCUUGAAACUGCGUCAUGGCUCGUGACAAUUACAGCUUCCGGUUUCCUGAUUGGUUCCGGCGUGACUGGUCUUAUGUACGACAAAUACGACAAACUGGUUCUAGUGAUCGGUUCAAUCAUUGGAACAGCGGUAACAAUGGUGGCUGUUCCAUGGUGCACCUAUUUCUGGUUAAUGAUGGUGGUGAAGUGCAUUUCGGGAAUGUUUGCAGCAGGGGUCGAUACAGGUGGAAAUGCUGAAAUUGUCAAUAUUUGGGGCGCCGACGCAGCACCUUAUAUGCAAGCAAUACAUUUUUGCUUCAGCAUCGGCGGAGCGAUUGCCCCAUUUAUAGCCGAACCAUUCCUGGCAACUCAAAUAGAAUCAUCUACCAAUGACAGUACUAUCAGUGUUGAAAAUAGUUCUUUAGAAUAUAAACAUACUCAUGAAUCGGUUCAUUUACUUAACUCUAGUUUGGGCUUGCAUGUACAAGAAAAUAGUUCCGUUUUAUUAGGAGUUACAGCGGAAGAAAAUGUCACGGGUACAAAAGUUCAUGCGUUUGGAGAAACCUCAGUGCAAUAUUCAUAUUUGAUAACAGGUAUAUUAACACUCAUAACAGUAAUUCCAUUUUCUAUGAUGCUUUGUCUACGUCCAAAGGAUGUCGCGAAAACUGAAGCUGUAACAGAGAAAAGGGACCCGACAAAUUUUAAAGAAUUACCGCUUCCGGUAAGGGUAGUAAUUCUUACAUGUCUAUCGCUUCUGAUCAUAAUUUAUUGUGGAACUGACGACACAUAUGCUGGGUUUUUAAUGACAUUUGUGUUGACAGAAUUACAUUGGACAAAAUCGGAAGGUUCAUUGGCUAGCUCUCUUCACUGGGCGUGUUUUGGGGUAGCAAGACUUGGGUGUAUUUUUCUUGUCCGAUUUGUUAAAACAUCUAAACUAAUGAUCAUAUUUGGUAUAUUGGCGGUACUUUCAUUUACAGGAUUAUUGCUUUCAACGCUUUAUGGUAUUAAGCCAUUGAUAUGGAUUUUCAUUGGCUGUCCGGGAAUAUCGUUGUCAUUUAUAUUUCCGGCCAUGUUCACAUGGACGAAUGAAAAUAUCGUUGUGGUCUCGGGAAAGAUGUCGGCCAUGUUUUUGAUGUCUGCAUCAACCGGUGUAAUGUUAUUUCCAUUGCUGUUCGGCUAUACAAUGGAAAGGUUUUCACCUCGAUGGUUUAUUUAUUUACUGCUUGGACAAAGUAUUUCUUGGAUUUUAUUGUUCAUAUGUACAGUACUUCUUACAAAAUGUUUAUUGAAACCACUUCCUAAAGUGUUAGAAAUUCGGGUUCCAAUGCUAAGUAGAAGAAAUAGCUAAAGAUUGAGCAAUGUAUCAACAAACUUUUAUUGUAUGAAGUCUGUAACAGUCUUUCAUUGAAAGGUUGGUGAUAUGUAUUACAAAGCUGUAUGAACACUGUGACCUAGAAAUAAUAAAUU